AUGGGUGCCAGUCUAUCUCCUGCAGGCUCGCAUUCCGCUGGCACCUUGAGUCCGUACGUCCAACGUAAGCAGAGCAAGGUCGUUUGCGCCUUGACAUGCUGCCACGUAGCGCACGAGGCUCCUGCCGACUUGGGUACGAUCACGCGCAAACCUGCAGAGUUCGUGAAUGCGACAUCGUCUGUCCAGCUGAAGGCGACAUGGCGCCAAUCAUCAAGGCUUUAGAAGCAAGGAUAGCUGAUGACCGAUAUUG